AUGAUGCAGAGCGCGGCUGUCCCCGCGGAGGGGGCUGUCAAGGGGCUCCCGGAGAUGCUCGGUGUGCCGAUGCAACAGAUCCCACAGUGCGCUGGCUGCAACCAGCACAUCCUGGAUAAGUUCAUCCUGAAGGUCCUGGACAGACACUGGCACAGCUCCUGCCUCAAGUGUGCAGACUGCCAGAUGCAGCUGGCCGACAGGUGCUUCUCCAGGGCCGGGAGCGUCUACUGCAAGGAGGACUUUUUCAAGCGCUUCGGCACAAAAUGCACAGCCUGCCAGCAGGGCAUCCCCCCAACCCAGGUGGUCCGCAAGGCCCAGGACUUCGUUUAUCACCUGCACUGCUUCGCCUGCAUCAUCUGCAACCGGCAGCUGGCCACGGGGGACGAGUUCUACCUGAUGGAGGAUGGGCGGCUGGUGUGCAAGGAAGACUACGAGACAGCCAAGCAAAACGAUGACUCAGAGGCUGGGGCUAAGCGGCCUCGGACUACAAUCACAGCGAAGCAGCUGGAGACACUAAAGAAUGCCUACAAGAGCUCGCCCAAGCCCGCGCGGCACGUGAGGGAGCAGCUCUCCUCCGAGACAGGCCUGGACAUGAGGGUGGUACAGGUUUGGUUCCAGAACAGAAGGGCCAAGGAGAAGCGGCUGAAGAAGGACGCAGGGCGGCACCGCUGGGGGCAGGUCUACAAGAGCGUCAGGAGAAGCCGGGGAGGCAGCAAGCAGGGGAAGGAGAGCUCUGCGGAGGACUGUGGGGUUAGUGACAGUGAGCUGAGCUUCCAAGAGGAUCAAAUUCUCUCAGAGCUUGGCCACACCAAUAGGAUUUAUGGCAACGUGGGGGACGUUACAGGCGGACAGUUAAUGAAUGGGAGCUUCUCCAUGGAUGGUUCAGGACAAUCCUAUCAGGACUUGAGGGAUGGGAGCCCCUAUGGUAUCCCCCAGUCUCCAUCCUCCAUAUCGUCCCUGCCAUCCCAUGCUCCUUUGCUCAAUGGGCUGGAUUACACAGUGGACAGUAAUCUUGGCAUCAUUGCGCACGCAGGGCAGGGAGUAAGCCAGACACUGAGAGCCAUGGCUGGGGGACCCACCUCUGACCUCUCCACAGGAAGCAGUGUAGGCUACCCUGAUUUUCCAACUAGCCCAGCCUCUUGGCUUGAUGAAAUGGACCAUCCUCCUUUCUAG